AUGAUACGUAUUAAUAUAUUAUUCAUCCUAUCCUUUAUUUCAUUAACAUAUUCAUCACGAUUAAAAUAUCGUGCAUCAGUUAAAGAAAAUGUUGAUUUAUAUUAUACAAUAACAUCACUUGAUCAAAUGAUUUCUGUUAAUUAUCAUCAAUCCAUAGAAUUUUUAAAUAUUAAUUCACCAUAUACAACAUAUUUUCUUGUUGAUGGACAAAAAUUACGUACAAGUCGUUUAAUUGAUCGUGAAGAAUUUUGUCGAAUAAAAUUAUGUGAAAAUUCACGAUGUCAUCCAUGUGAAAUUAAUAUGGAUUUUGUUUUAAAAGAAAAUGGUCAACCACGAGAUAUUAUUUCAUUAAUCUUAACUAUUGAAGAUAUUAAUGAAUUUCGACCACAAUUUUUAGAUGGUCUAGGAGAUGGUCAUAGAAUUCAGUUAAAUAUUAGUGAAGGCGUGCCUGUUGGACAUAUAUUGCCCAUUCCAAGUGCAACAGAUAAAGAUGGUGAAGAUGAUGAACUUAUCUAUUGGCUUGAUAAAACAACAAAAAUUCCAUUUGAACUUAUUUCAUUUGGUUCAAAUCAAAUUGCUUUAAAUGUAACUGAACCAUUAGAUCGUGAAACACAAGAUUUUUAUGAAGUUAAAUUAACAGCUAGUGAUCAAGGAAAUCUAACUACAACUAUUACUAUUCAUAUAUCAAUUAGUGAUGUCAAUGAUAAUGUUCCUAUAUUUGAUCAACAAAAUCCAUAUAUAUUAAAUAUAUCUGAAAAUAUUCUUCCAUCUCUAAUUAAACCACUUCUUCGUAUACAUGCAACUGAUCAUGAUGCAAAUGAGAAUGGUCGUGUUGUCUAUAAUUUUAGUCCACAAGUAUCCGAAUUAAUUCGUCAAACAUUUCAAUUAAAUUCUUAUACAGGAGAAUUAUUUCUUAUACAAUCACUUGAUUAUGAACAAUAUAAAGAUUAUCGUAUUCCAAUAACAGCACAAGAUUCCGGGCCUGUAUCUGUUCCUGUUUAUACAGCUAUUAUUAUAAAUAUUGAAGAUGAAAAUGAUAAUAAACCAAUAAUCAAUAUUCGUACAUCAGAUUAUUUUCAAUUUCACAACGAUACAUUAUAUAUCAGUGAAGAAACACCGAUAAAUACAUUAUUAAUGCAUAUAUUAGUACAAGAUUUUGAUUCGAAUUUAAAUGGUAAAGUUCAAUGUUGGAUUGAAACAUCGAAUUCAUUAAAAUUUAAUAUUACAAAUACAAUCAAUAAUAUGUUUUCAAUCUAUACAACACAUUUAUUUGAUCGUGAAAAACAAUCGAACUAUUCAUUUCGUUUAAUAGUUGAAGAUUUUGGUAUAAAAUUACGUCAACAAACAAUUCGUGAUCUUCAUUUAAUUAUAACUGAUAUUAAUGAUUCUCCACCAAUAUUUACUCAAUCAUUCUAUAAAAUAUCUCUUCAAGCAGAUGAAGAAUAUUAUCAUCAUCAACAACCAAUAAUUAAAUUUCAAGCACAUGAUGCAGAUUUAAAUGAAAAUAGUCAAAUAUCCUAUAAAUUAAUUUCUAAUCAAUAUAAACAUUUAUUUUCUUUGAAUGAACAAACAGGUGAAUUAUUUUUACUUGCCAAACUUAAUGAAUUAAAUUAUAAUUUAACAAUUCGUGCACAUGAUCAUGGAAAAUAUCCAUCAGAAUUAUAUACGGAUGUUCAAUGUUAUAUAAAAAUUUAUUAUAAACCAAUAUUUGAAAAAAAGAAAUAUUUAUUUGAUAAAAUAAAUGAAACAAUGCCAAUCAAUACAUCAAUUGGAUUUGUUAAAGCUCAUACAUAUGAUAAAAGUUUAAUUUUUUAUUCAAUAUCAACAAAAAUGUUUAGAAUUAAUUCAUUAACAGGUGAAAUAUUUGUUAAUGAAAAUCUUGAUUAUGAUACAAAUAAUGAUUCAUGUGAAAAUUUCUUUGUCAUUGCUUAUAAUGAAGAUCAAUUAAAUUCAACUUGUCCUAUUGAAAUAUGUCUACAACCAAUAAAUGAAUAUUCACCAGAAAUUGAUAUUGAAUCUCGUUUAAUUUAUAUUAAUAUCGAUAAUACAAGUUCUAUACAUAUCAAUGCAUUUGAUCGUGAUCGUUCACCAUCAAAUUUUCUUUCGUUUCAAUUUCAAAAACCUUCAAAAUGUAAUUUAACAUGUUUAUCAAAUGGAACUAUAUAUAUCAAUGAAAAACAUUUUUGUCUCGGUAUUAUUGAUCUACCAUUAUCUCUUAAUGAUAAUGAUAAAUAUCCAUCAUUUAAAAUAACAAAUCUUACAAUACGUUUAAUAUUCUAUUCAAAUACAGUAUCACUUCAACAAAUACUUUCAUCAUCAUCAUUAAAUUAUAAAUUAGCAAUUGAAAUAAUUAUUAUUUCAAAUAUAUUUAUAUUUAUUUCAAUUAUUAUUUGUUUAGUUCUAUGUAUUGCAUAUAGACAACGUAGACAAACAUCAUUAAAUAAAUCAACACAAUUUAAAAUUAUUAAAGAUCAAAUCGGCUUUACAGAAAAUCACAGUUUACUCAAUGAAGGUCUUGUCGAUAUGACAAAUAUAAAUUUAAAAGUAAAUACAAAUAGUGAUACAAGUUCAUCAUAUAAUGAUUCAUGUUAUGGUUCAUCUGAAAUGGAUGUACAUCAUCAUCAAUUAGGAGGAGGAGGAAAUAAAUCAACUGGUAAAAUUCUUCUAUCAUCAACGGAUAAAUAUAUUAUUCUAUGUAAAGAUCAAAAUAAUAUAAAUCAUGAUGAAACAAACUCAUCAUCAUCUACAUCAUCAUCAUCACCAACUGGUAAUAAUAUUAAUCUUAUAACAAAAUAUCAAUUAAAUAAACGUGUCGAAACAACACAAUUAAAAUCAGUGAAUCAAAAUUUAGAAUUUUUUCAAAAUGAUAAUGAAUAUAAAAAAAUACUUACGACAACAACAACAUUCAAUUAUCGAAAUAUGACACCACUUAAUGAAUAUUAUCUUUAA